AUGAGUGCUAUCUUCUACUUCCUUCUUACUAUCGCCUUCGUCUCUUCUGAUAAAACUUUCUGGAUCACCACUGAACUUCAAAGUGUGGAUUGGGAAGAUCGUUGUCAAAACUUCUGUUCGAAGCCAGCUUUUCAAGUCGAAGAACUUCUUCUGCCUCAUAUGGACACUAUCACCCAUAGAUGGAAAGCUGAGCCUCAUACUAGUAUCCAUCGCACCGUCUCUAGAUGGCAAUAUGGAAACUCCGAUGAUUUGGCCAUGUCCUUUUCUGUAUUCGGAAUCGAUCCUUUAACUUCUGCUCCUCGCCGAUGCGGAGAAACCGAAGCAAUUCGUGUUUUCCCCACCAAACAAGUUGCAAUGAUCCGUCCAAGACGCCACGAAGGAUCAAUUGCUCACCAACUUAGUGAUAGCAACAAACGUCUCGUUGAGCUCCGCGGUAACUGCUUCAAUGCUACCUUGCUCGUUGAGAAACACCUUGAAAAGUGCCCAGAUUGUCCCGACACGGACAAACUUCGUCAAUUAGAAGAGCAAUCUUCUGUUUUCACUGGAUUCCUCGCUAAAAUGGAAGAGCGUGAGAGACUUCUUCUUAUUGCCAUUGCCGCUUGCGGAUUAUUGGCUAUUCUCUCUUUUGUUAGCUUGGUCAUUCUCUUACUUCGCAAUCGCAACAGUAAGACCAGCUCUCAAUCCUCAUCUGGACCAUCUCCCUACUACUAUCCUCAAUAUAUUCCUGAAGAUUUGCCAAAAAUCACUUCUCCAGCUCGUUAUGAUGUUCCAUGGCGCAGCUCCCCCUUCCUCACUAUCAGCAAUGCUUCUACAACCCGUCGAGCUGACACUGUUGUCACUGAGUAUGAAGAAAUUAGUCCAAACACCAGCAUUGGUACUAAUGAUUCAGGCCUUAUUGUCUAA